AACAAUUAGUGGUUCAACGCGGAGUGGGGCAAGGCGGAGCAUGGGCGCGGGGGUGACACCGCAUCCCUACCCUAUCGACAGCAGCAGGCAAGAAAUGGCGCCGAGUGCCUGCCCUAACUUCUCCAUUCGGUGAUUUGUUCGAGUCAUGUCAUCGCGUGGGCGGAAUUUUUAUUAGAUUAGCGCGAGUCCGAUCGCCGAGAACGGGAUGCGUUGGAUCUGAACAGGGCAGCGGCAUGCUUUUGUGGAUCGUAUCUUGAUACUUCAGUUUGUCUGCCAAUAUCUUCUUAAUCCUGCCAUCUUCUUUUUAACAUCGAGCGUUUGUUUUCUUUCGAGGCAGGCGAUUUGUCAUUUUCAUACGGAGACGAUAAAGGAUGAUUACCAGAAGGUUCACUGCCUGCUCGUUUACUUUGGAAGGCGAUCAAGUUUCCAUUUUGGACGGAUCUCGCGUGAUGAAGGAUUAAGAAAUUACAGAGAAGGUGAACAGCGGCUAGGGCGUAGUAAAACUGGGAAUUUUUGUUCUGUUUAAAGAUUCGGAAUCGUAGGACUGGGAGGGUUUCGAGGAGCGGAGUCGACGUCCACUCGUGUGUUUGCGCUCUCCCUCCGCCACUGCCCUUUAAGAACCGUCCACCUCUCCUUCUGCCGCCGCCAUCAUCAUCAUCAUCACCAUCCCGUUCGCGGAAGGAAGCAAGGAAGGAAUCGGCGGGAGGAAUUUUUGACCGGAAUCGAAGGUUUUUCCGAUCCAAAGUGCGAUCUUUAAUCAUUCGCCGGGGUCUUCCAGUGUUAGAGAAUGGAAGCGUCUCGCUUUCUCCAAAGUGUGGUUUCAUUUCCUCCUCGUCCCUUGCGCCGUUGUCUUUGACAUCUUUAUCGUUCUUUUUCUUUAACGUUUGAAUCCAUACAACUCCUCCUAGAAGAAAGAAGGCUGUCUUCUUCGCUCUGUCGGAGUUCAAUCUCGCCAUUCAUCUUUCGUGACCUGAUUGUAGUAUUCUCAGAAGAGUAAAUCUUGCUGGCCAGAAUCUGGUCAGCUAGAAAUCCCUAUCUCCCAAUUAAAAUACAUGCAUGAACAUGCAUAUAAUUAAUGUGGCCAUAUGAAAUUACUAAAAUACCCAUGCAUAUGCUUGCAUGCAUAUAUUCUAGCUGGCCAGAUUCUGGCCGUUUAGCAAUACCCUUCUCAGAAAUACUUACUGAAACUGUACUGUUUGCCAUCGUUCUUUUGCUUUCCUGCCUCUAAUCAUUCGAAAUGUCCAUGUAGCUUCUUUCCAAUAUUUCCCAUAAAUCUAGGCGAACAUUUCAUCGACUGUCGGUAGCUUUCCCUUUGUCGAUUCCUCCCUCCCAGCGCUUUUCUCGCGCGUCUUCAUCUUCACCUCUUUUUCCUGCAAUAGCAUUUGGUCUUGCAUCUUUGAUUUUUCUGGAUCUCGGAGAGUGGGUUGCUGCAGAAUGCCAAGGCAUAAUUCAGGUACCAACGCCUUUUUUGAUGGAUAUUGCACUGGGCCAAAGCUAGUCACCUCAUCAUGUUCAUCGAGUUCAUUCUCGAAGACUCACUGUUUUAAGAGGAAAGUGUUGAUCUCCAAGAAGAAAGGGUCGACGACGCCAGUUCCCUUGUGGAGAGAUCAUGCUAGAUCACCACAAUGCGUUACCGGCUCUCAUGAAUCGCCAAAGCACCUGCUUUCCGCAAAUGGUGGCAAACAAACGCGAGUUCCUCUAUCAGCUAGGAAGCUGGCUAAUGCUCUCUGGACACUGAGCCACACUCCGCAAGGAAAAUUCAAGGAUUUACAGGGCAUGAGAUCGAUGCCAACGACCAGGAGAGUGACAAAUUCAGGGUGUGUGGCAGAUGUUUCUGUUCGUCGUCAUAUAUGCGAUCAGGAAAAUUUCUCAGCAUCAGAAAUGCUGAACCAGUGGAGAUCGAGCAACCAUAGGCAAAUGUUACAACCAAUUCGCCAAAAAUAUGGAAGCCAGAAGAACAGUAGGGUACCUUCUGAUAAACCCAAUUUAAUGGAGACUGAAACUUCUCUCCAGGGUCUCACUUCAAUAGGCUCACCUGUAGGAGGUGAGAAACAUUCGUAUGAAUUACGUAGUAAUUUGGUUACUACAAAAAAACUCAUGAAAAUAUUCAUCCGGCUAUGUGGAUUGCAUAAGAAGCCAGAUUCUGCAAUCUCUCUUGCUAGAAUCAUUUACUGCCAAUUAAGCCAGGCACUUGUCUCAGUUGAUCAGCUUGUCCAUGAGAAAGAAUCUGAGGAAAGUAAAUUUCUUCAUCUUUUGAACCAGAUCGUGGAAGAAAAAAGAACAUGGAAGAAAAAGAAGCAAGAAGGAAUAAGACUUUCUUUUCAGCCUAUAAUUGAGGGACUUGAGACUGAAAGAAAAUUAAGAAGAAGAGCUGAGUGGGAGAAUAAAAAACUCAGAGUUGAGCUAGACAAAGUUAAUUCUUCACUGGCAGAAGCAUGUGAAAACCUGGACAGUGAGAGGAAAACAAGGGAAAUGAUCGAACAAUUCUGUGGUCAGAUGAUUAAAGAAAUCGGUGAUGACAAGGCUGAAGUAGAAGAGCUGAAGUGGGAAUCUGUAAAGGCAAGAGAAGAGCUGGACAAGGAGAGACAAAUGCUUCAGCUCGCAGAUGAAUUGCGCGAAGAAAGAGUUCAGAUGAAGCUAUGUGAAGCCAAAUAUCAAUAUGAAGAGAAGAAUGCAGCUGUUGACCAAUUGAGGUGCCAGCUUGAGGCAUUUCUAGUAACUAAAAGAACAAAAGAAACAGAAAAUGAGCCAUGGAAUCUUAUUUGUGACAUGGAAAAUGAUCGCCCAAGACAAAUGGUGCACCAAAGCAGUAGCCUAGGUAAGCUAAUUAUGGACAAUAAAGAUCUAGAUGAAGAAAAUGAUGAAACUGACUCAGAAGAUAGUGAUUUGCACUUGAUUGAACUGAAUUUGGACGACAACAACAAUGGCUACUGUUGGAAUCAUGCUUCUGCAGCCAUUGAUGAUGAUAAACUAGAUUUGUCAAAGGAAAAACAUUGUCGGAGCACAAAAUGUGAAAAACUGCCUGGUACCUACCUCUCUUCAGAGCAAGUCACAACUGAGGAAGUCCAAGAAAACUCUACAAAAAGAGAUCAGCACUUGGAUAAUAAUCUUGAUGAAGGAAGACAAAUUGACAGUAUUGGCAUGGUCGACCAAUAUGGGGUUCCAAAGGAACAACGCACUGAGAAUUCAAGAAUUGUUCUUCCACUUACUCUACCAAAUUCAACAAAGCAAUCAAGCAGACAAGAAGAUUUGCAAAGUACACUGGAGCAAGUUUGUUUAGCAUCAAAGGUUUCUGAACUGUUGAAAGCAUUUAGGGAGAGUGAAUCUAAAGCAAAUUUGGGAAGGAUGAAAAAGGUUCAUUCUGAGUUGCAGCUAACUAUUCAGUAAUUUGCUUAUUAUCAUUCCAUAGUUAUGCAUUGAAGUGUUAUUUAUUAUGUGACGGGAAGGAUCUGCAUUGAUUCUUUAUCUUCAAGAACUUUAGUGUCACAGAGUGAAAUAACUUGCAUCUGAAUGUGGAUGUAAGGUAGGCAUACAAGGAUAAAAUUUCUUUGUACAACUUAUCAUUCAAAUUAUCAUUGAUUUGUGAAUUA